AUGAGUGAUUCAGACGAUCAAGAGGAGAGAGAUAACUUGGCCGCGAGAGAGAUCGCGCUGGCCGAGCAACACGAAGAUCCUCCGGAUCCGAAUGCCGCGCACGAUCGCGCCAAUGAUGAGAUGCCGAGAGAUAGAGCGCGACAUAAUGAGGAAUUCCAAGGAAAACCCCAGGAGAAUCCUUUGGAACAUAUUGAUGCCUUUGAAGAAAUUUGUGGGACCAUCAGUGCAGGAGGUGCGCCAAAGGAGUACUUAAAGUGCAAACUUUUCUCUUUCACUUUGACAGGGAAAGCUUUGAGAUGGGUGAAGUCUCUUCCAGCUCAAUCCAUAACCACAUGGAAAGAGUACAAGGUGGCAUUCUUAGGUCACUUUUCACAAAGCAAAGAGCAAACUUGUUGA